CGGGGAUUGGAGUUCAGAGCGGAAGACAACACAGAGAAGAAAUGGCGAUGCUAGGGAGCCUUGGUGCGGCGCAGAAAAAAACAAAUGCACUCGCUGGAGAAAGAGAUUUAACGGAAUUCGUUUGUCCAGUUUGCCUCGAAAUCUUCGACAGUCCUGUUAUUACACAGUGUGGUCAUACGUUUUGCCAGGGCUGUCUGCAGGAAUGUCUCCGACCUCAGAAGCCCGUCUGUGCUGUGUGCCGAUCGGGGCUGGAGAAUUGGACCCGAGCCAAUGAUCUAGACGCAGCUAUCCACACGUCGGUUGGUGCAUGCAAGGGCUGUGGCACAGAGGUUCCACUGUUCCAGAUGCGGAGCCACACUUCCACCUGCUCCAAAUACCAGGAGUACAUUGAGGAAGGAGUGAGGAGUUCAGCCCAGACCCAGCCUACUGUAAUAAGUCCUGUGCCGAACCGGUACACAUUUGCCUGCCCCUACUGCAACUCCCCGAACCUGGACCAGGAUGGCCUUGUGGAACACUGCACAGCACAUCAUGCCAGAGACCCACGCCAAGUGGUGUGUCCCAUCUGUGCCUCUAUGCCCUGGGGAGACCCCAACUACAGAAGUGCAGACUUCCUGCAGCAUCUGAGGAUCCGGCACACAUUCUCCUAUGACACCUUUGUGGACUACUCUACGGAUGAAAGUGCAAUGAUCCAGGAGGCUCUGCAGCGUUCCUUGAUGGACCAUUGAGGCGCUCCAGAGUCUUGAGGGGCGAAGGGAAUGGAAGAGCAAGAGAGAUUGCUGUGGUACCUCAUGUCAGACAUAACCAAGCGUGUGCCUAUCCCAUCCAUGACUAUCCAAAACAUUUCGCCUUCAACUCGGCCCAUUCGACAGAAAACAUUGUCCUGACACUUUACCCCCAAAGACCCUCGCUGAGUACGACACACAAAUUGAUUUUUGUAAAUCACUAAAGAAGAGCAUUUGGUCUAUGUCAGAGCAUUGGAUAAAAGACAAAUCAUAGUUUAAAAGCUUCUCGUAGGAAUAUCUAAAUAAAGUAAACAGUGCGUUCUGUUAAAUCACAAAAUGUUUAUUCUGCCAUGUAUCGCAAUGAUGUCUGAGCUUCCAAAGUGAUGUGUUUGUUGAAAUAUCCUAAAGACUUGAUCUAAGUGCAAAGCUAAUAUAAUGAUAGUGAUAGGAGGAUAAGUAAUGAUGCAAAGCUAAAUUUAUAUACGCACUACCGUAAUCUCAGAUGUUGUACUUCUGUGUGCUCACUAGAUGGCAGUCUCUAGCCAGCGAUUGCUGCUGAUGGCAUAUUGAACUCUGUAUUAAAUGUAGAUCCCAUAAGCGGAACCAGUGAAUACCCUGCUUAAAAAUCUGGUAGCUCUCUCUCUCUCCCUUUCUCCUUCUCUUUCUUUACUUCUUUCUCUACUUACUCUACUUCUCUCUCUCUCUGUCUCUGUCUCUCUCUCUCUCUCUCUUUCUGUGUGUGUGUGUGUGUGUGUGUGUGUGAGGGUAAGGGGUUGGGGAAGCAUCUGUCCUGGGCAAGUGGAAAGCUGCUUGUCUUCCUUGAUGUCCUUUGGCAGGCAUAGCUUUACGAUUUCUCUUCUGUGUGUGUGGAUGGAUGUCUUUUGUGUAUGUGUGUGUGUGCGUGUGUGUGUGCGCGUGUGUGUGCAAGGAUGUGUGUGUGUUUUCAUGAGAAGGUCUGGUGCACUUUCUUGAAGUUCAUGUGUAAGAGCAACACAUUGGAAUGUUAACUGUUGAAGUAGAAGUCCUUUUUUGUUUUCUUUAAUAAUAAUAACAAUAACAGGACCAUCAUGCUCUUCUGCAAAUGUGUGCUUCAUUCAUCAGAACAAACCUUGAGCACUGCUGCAAUGGCAUCCUUUGGCCUGAGGGUGGCAGUGUUGCUCCAGUAGUUCCCAAUCCUUCAUCCAGUAAACAAUAUCUACCUAUGCUGCAUACACUACUCACAGUUACAGCUUUCUCCUCAUUGCUUUCUUCCUCUAAUGUUUCUCUUUUCUCAAUCAGCUGGUUACAUCGUGCGCCAUGUCAGGGUUUGCUACCCAGUUUCAUAUGGCUAGACUAGAAGUCACUCCAUAAGUUUGCUUGACUCCAUAGCAUUUGUAACAUGACAUAUUUAACUAGACAAAUGGAUCGCUGGUGUAACCAACCGCAUUUAUUACAUGUUGAGAAAAGUUGUGUGGAUUAUACUUGGGAGGAUCUGGUUGUGAUGUUUUCUGUUUGUGAUAUUUCUUUUUUGUUUGUUUUGUUCAUUUUUAGUUUUAAGAGUAUAAUAACUUAACUCUUGCUAUAUCUCUCUCGUUGACGGCUUUACUAAAUCACUGCCCUUUGUUAACGACAUAUAGAGUAUUCUGGCUAAGCCACAAAUGUGUCCGCACUUCAGACAAUCUUGACUGAGUGAUCGACAGAAAAUGUGACUCCCGUAUGCGUUUCUGACACGCUCAUAUCUGUACUCUGAUCAGGUCGGUGCCUUCAGUGCGCCGCAUCAGAUCAUUUUCAAUUAAAAAUCCUUUUUAUGUCUAAA